CCCAAGACCCUUAAAGCCAAAGCUUCUGUCCACACCACACACACCCCCCCAUUCAUUACAAAUUAACAUUCAAAACCUAAUUAGCCACCAUGGAGGACGAGGAGGAGGGGCCACGUUCCCCCACCGCCACCACUCCCUCCGAAGACCACGAAUUCGACGCCCCGCCCUCCUCUCCUCCGCCGGCUUUCCUUUUCCAGCGCCCGCCCCUGCUGCAGCCUGCUACCGCCAUGGCGCCGCUUUACAAGCAGCGUUCCUGGUCGCCGGAUGCGUACCGCGACGAGGCGUGGCUCCGCCGCAAAGGCAACUGGAAGAACCGCCGCAGCCGUAGCGUGACGGACGAGGACGUCAACGAGCUCAAGGCCUGCAUCGAGUUAGGCUUUGGAUUCGAGUCUUCGCCGGAGGUGGAACCUGAUCAGCGCCUCUCCGAUACAUUACCGGCGCUAGAGCUCUACUACGCCGUCAACAAGACCUACAACAAUUCUCUCCUCUCCAGGCCCCCCGCCCCCGUCACUAUCACCGCCUCCUCAACGCCGCCGUAUUCUUCCGCUGCCUCCGACGACUGCGAGAGCACGUCUUCUUCCCAUGGCAGUCCCCACACCAUCUUCACCACCGAAUUAACGAUGAUGAUGAUGAUUGCUUGUUCCGUUAAUUGGCGAUUAACCCAGGAACUAAACCAGGGUUAGCAAAGUUAACCACACAGUGUGACGUGUGCGAAAUUAUUAUUAAUAUGACGAUGACAGGGAUUCACCACCGAAUUGACGAACCCUACUAAAUACCCCCGGGGCCCCCCUAUUAACCAAACCCCAAUUGUCUCGGAACCAAACUUGUUAGUUCCUUGCCUAUUAUUAUAAUGUUGCUGUCGGCAGCUCCCCCUUUUGUAUUGUGCUUCUCCAUUUUCAUCACUUAAUUAAGGCUAGAUCUAUGUCCAUUAUAUAUACUAUCCUGCUUUGUUCACAUUUAUAUUACUUGUUUUGUUAUGGGUAUGCUAGCUAGCUGCUAGUGCUAGUUAAUUACUAUAGGUUUGUUUUAAUUGUGUCAGAACCAAUCCCCGUGUGAAAAUAUUGGCCAAAACGUGUGUAAUUGUAAUGUACUGUAUAUAUAUAUUGCCUUAGCUUGUUGGGCUUGGUGCUUGGAAUUGGAAGAAAGAAGAAUGUGACAAGUGACAACCUUGUAAUACUCUGACAAAAACAACAAACAAAAAGGGACGGGGUACAGCUUGUGUUCAUUAUUCUAACAUGGGGCCUUUGCGUGGAAAGUAGUGAGCUCGCUGAAACUUGGGGUUUCAACUUGGGUCUUGGAAUGAAGAGAACCUUAUUUGCUUGUUGGCUUUGUGAUAAGUCGUAGUUUCUAGGCUGUCAUUACCAAAUUUCCCGAGACAGCAGGAAGAGGCGUAAUGGGACGUGUUGACUUUCAACUUUACUUUGUUCUAACAUAGCGGCUCAAUGCUCUUGAAGCCAAUUAUUGAUAGACCCAAACAGAGAUUCUGUUCCUGCUACAUCCCGGUUCGUGUUUAGGAUUUCAAUUCUUGUAUUCUAUUUUUAGAUGAGUUAGGUUGACACCUGUCAAUAAGAAUCUACUUUUAAGGCUA